CAUCGUGGUCGCACUUCAUAAUCUCCGUAUCUGGAGUACUACCACCACUACCAAACCAUGAGCCCAUGCUCAGAAGAUCUCCCCACGCUUUUGUAGUCGAUGCACAGCUUGAUCUCAUGAAGCAGGGUCUAGACUCCUGCAUCUUGGGAACAGGAGCGCAUUGACCAUGAUCUCGGCCGUUGAUCGAUUGAGUCGUGCACGGACAGUCUAAUUUUCUGAGAUCACCUCAAGGACGAUCAGUAUUGCCUAUGUCACUCAUCCUGCCUGCUCAAGCCGAUGUACCACGAGGGUCAUGAUGCUGAUAGCAUAGAUCAGGAGGAGCAGAACUCAAUACCUUUCACGCAUCGAGCUGCUUUUACGCACAUACGUGGGCAUUUGGCCAAAAAGUCAAGUAUCCACGUCGAGCUGCCGCACGGUCAACGCCCAUAAUGGAUAAGGUAUCGAUAAAAGUAGGUUUGGAACCAUCAAUGAUCUGGCUAUGUACAUCGAGAACGGACUGCAACCUCGGGCAAUCUACAAAUACUCAAGCACGGUAAGGUCGCGAAAACCUCCGGAUUCUAAUUUGCAAGCGUCAACUCACUGGGCUCCGAUAUGCGAGAAAUCGUCAUCUUCGCAGAUCAAACCGCCAGCAGCCAGGCAGUAUUACAAGCAGCCUGCAAGAGGCGGGAUCAAAGAUUGCUACAGCGCUUCUUACGCAGGACGACAGAGGCACUCAGGCGAGAGACCUACUGUCGCUUCCAUACGGCCGGAUGCAAUUUCGGAUUUUCCUCGACGGAAGAGCUCAUUCAACGUUAUUAUGCGUGCCCAACAACAGACGUUGCAUUUGAAUGUGCAUUAGUAUGCAUGGCACAGUUGGCUCACUUCAUAGGCACAUUCGAAAAUAGAUCGCCAUCUUAUCCGCGACAGACCCCCGAGACGUGCCUUGUCGGUGUCGGUAUUGGGCUCAUUGUAGCAAAUGCUGUGGCCUCGGUAGAUUCCUUACCCUCGCUCAUCCCUCUCGCCGUCGAGACUGUAUUGGUAGCAUUCAGACUAGGAGCCUAUUUACAGUUUCUUACUGCUCAACUUCUCCACAAAUCGCUGGGGCCGUCCUGGUCGACGGCGGUGGAAUCCGACGAAAAGAGAGUGAUAGCGUCGCUGAAAAUCUUCCAUGACCAGGCAAAUAUUCACGCGGUCUCCAGACUCCGGCUGAGCGUUGUCACCCCCGACUAUGCCGUGGUCUCAGGACCUCCGUUGGUGCUGGACAGGUUCUUGAAAGAUUCUGGUCUUUGCUCUACGUUAAUUCGGAGCUCCGACAAUGUGUACGAACCAUACCAUGCGAUGCACAUGAUCCCUGAGUCAAUCAUCGACAACGACAUACUUCUUCCAACCACGAGGAGCCUUUUCCAUGAAGCGGAACCUCGUAUGCCCUUUUUCUGUGGGACAAGUGCGAAACCUCUGGGAGGAUUUACGCCACUUGAGAGUCUAGCCAGCGCGCUCAAGGAGAUGACAAUGUCAACAGUAAAAUGGACGGAGCUUUUCGAAGGGCUAUGUCCAAGGUGGCGUCAAGCGAUCAAUGUGCUCUCCGUCGGCUCAAGACUAAAGGGUAGCAGCAUCAUCUCGAAUCUCAGCUCGCGGAAUUUCAAUGUCCAAUUGGAGGAUAUGUCAGAUUGGAUAGCCCUAGGCCUCCAGGACAACUGCAGAAUUGGCGAUCCUUCUAUCAUUGAAACGGUAGCUUGUGUUGAGCUUGAACCAUCGGAAAAAGCACUUAAAAGAUCAGCAGCUCCGGACACGAGGAUAGGGAAGGAGCAACUCAAAUCUCCUCCAACAUACACCUUAGACGCCGGCUGUGCUUCCAAGUCCGAAAAGUUGUGUGCAAAUAUUGCUGAGGCAGAGUGCCUGGAUCUUUCUGAACGGGAUUGGAUUAGUCCAAGCGGAAUAUCAUGUCUAGCUUAGAGGCAUCAUCCGGGUCUUUCGCCCGCAACCUGGUGGAUUACGACAGCGUCCAAAACCCACUCAGACCUGACCGUCAUGCGAAUACUCUAUAUGCAAGUUUGGGGUGUGACCAGGAUCGUGGAGUGGUACGGAGUCUGAGUCCUCGAGAUUAUGUACCUUAAGUAUCACUAGCAGGCUUAAUAGGUGAUUCU